AUGCCGCCCUUCUCGUUCAUCUCCCAGUUUUGUUUUCAGCUCCCGCUCUUUAAGCAGUUUGUCCAGCAGACCUGGGGGGAGAGCGACGUGUCGUCUCUCAGCCCGCCCCAGAAGUUGCUUUUCUACAAGGAGGUUUUGAAGGGAGGUGCCCGGCAGGACGCCGCCCGCGAGCAGCGCAGGGUCACGGACCAGCUACCUGCCGCGAAGUCGGAGUCCAAGCGUGCUAAGCUCCGCCAGCGCCUCAGACGCCUGGUCAGGAGCAGCCGGCUGUGGGCCCCUUUUGACAGACGCCUGCAGCUGAUUGGGGUUCGCCCAGGCAACCGCAUCUUGACUGACCAGCUCGAGAUGCAAAACGUGAUUGACUGCGGGAUUAUCCGAGGAUGCCCGGCCUCGGGCACGCUGUUCGCCAUGGCCACUGACUGCUUCUUCACUGAUAUGGAGGCGGGCCGGGCCCUGCGGCUGCUGAGGUUCCUGCCGUCCGGUCGGAUUGCGGCUGCUCAAGAUGCGGAACCUCUCGCAGAAGCUGGUGGAGCAGGCCGUGCUGGUGUGGCCCUACAGGCCAUCCACAGCCUCGAGUUCCUCAAUUCAGAAUAUGUCCUGACCACACUGCGGGUCGCCAAGCUGAUGGUGAUGAUCAUUGUCAUCAAUCACUUCGUGGCCUGUUCCUGGUACGGCAUCGCGUCAAUGCUCGGCGAUGAGAGGAGCUGGGUCAACGUUCACUUCAGCUCCUCGGACGACCUCGCAUACCGCUACGGGACUUCCUUGCACUGGUCGCUCACGCAGUUCACCCCGGCGUCCAUGGAGGUCUUCCCGACAAAUUCCAGAGAGCGCGCUUUCAACGUCUGCGUCGUCAUCUUUGCCCUGCUGACCUUCUCGUCCUUCAUCAGCAGCAUCACCGAGGCGAUGACGAGCAUCCGAAAGAUCAAUGGGCGCCGCAACAUGCAGUACGCCUCGAUGCGCCAAUACCUGAGGGAGAACCGCGUAUCAAUGCAGCUGGCCGUGCGAGUCCGGCACUACCUCCAGCAGAGCGAGAGGGCUCGCCAGACGCGGCGGGUCUGGCGCGACGUGGAGCUGUUUCAGGAGCUGCCGGAGGUGCUGCAGAUGGAGUUGCGCUACGAGGUGUACGCUCGGCUCAUUGCCAGGCACCCGUUCUUCCACCAGUACGGCGAGCUGGACCCCUCGGCGAUGAAGGCCCUGUGCCACCGCGCCGUGCGCGAGGUGCCGCUGGUGUCCGGCCAGGAGCUGUUCGGCCCCGGGCAGGUGGCGGACAGGAUGUACUUCGUGGUCGACGGCAGCCUGAGCUACGACUUCCAGGGCUUCGGCUCCUCCGAGGAGCAUCUCCUCGACGACGCCUCUCCACUGGUGUCGGGCGGCCAGUGGUUCGCGGAGGCGGCCGUCUGGGUGCGGUGGUUCCACCUGGGCAGUAUGGUCGCCAAAACGCCCUCCUUGGUGCUGGCGCUAGACGUCACGAAGUUGCACGUGGUCAUGGCGCAGUACGUGGACACGCUGCCACACUGCAGGAGAUACGCGCAGCUGUUCGCAGAAAACGCGCGGUGCCGCCUACCUCCGCUCUCCGACGUCUGCAGCGGCUUCGACGAUUGCCAGGACACGGCGCAGAGGGCCUUCGAGGAGGGCCGAAAGCGGCGACGAGGACGACGGCUGGGCCAACGCGUUCAGCGUGGGGUCCCUGCCGAACCCAGGCGUCCGACGACCGUCCUGGGCCAGCGUGGGCUCCCUGUUCUCCAGGUGAGCCGGGCGCGGCCGCGGCGGGCGCUCCCAGCGGGCGGGCCGCGCGGGAGUCGGCGGCCUCGACCCUCGGGGGCUGCCUGGGCUUCGACCAACUGGCGAUCGACGGAUCAUCUGCCCCGGCUCGAAUCGGCGGCAGCCCCUUGCCCGGGCCUCUCCUGUGGACCAAUCCGCACCUCUCGAGCACGAGCUCGGUGGCCCUCGCCGCCAUCAGGACGAGUGCAGCGCCUGCACACCGCUGUCUGCUGCCCAUGUAUCAGGUGUUGCCGACGCGCCGUCGAGGCGCCGUUCUUGCUUGCCCGCGCUGCCUCCAGGGCGAGCGCGGCAAGGCCUUUUCCGGGUGCCUGCCGCUAG